UUCCCAAUUCAACACAUCAUUCUACUUGCAUGCAUAGUGUAGUAGUAAACCUCUAAAUAUAUAUCCAGGCAAAGAAAAAUGAAUAUCCUUUUGCUCUCAUUUAUUCUUAUCCAAUAUUUUGCCUUUUCAUUAGCCAAUCCCUCAGAACUAGUCUCAGCCGGUCCAUCACCAUCUCCAGUUCUCGACACCAAUGGCGACAAAAUCCGAGCUGGUUCCAACUAUUUCGUGCUGCCAGUGAUCCGAGGAAGAGGCGGCGGACUCUUCCCUUCCAACGUUAAACAAAACAAUACAUGUCCUAGGGACAUUAUUCAAGAGUCCCACGAGGUCCAACAAGGCUUGCCUGUGGUUUUCACCCCUGUGGAACCCAAAAAAGGUAUCAUUCGUCUUUCCACUGACCUUAACGUUAGGUUUUUCACUCCAACUAUUUGUGCUAGAGAGACUAUUUGGAAACUUGGGACCUAUGAUGACAAGUUGAAGCAAUAUUUCAUAGUGACUGGUGGAGUUGAAGGAAACCCGGGUCCUCAGACAGUGAGCAAUUGGUUUAAGAUUGAGAAACUUGGGACUGAUUACAAGUUUGUGUUCUGUCCAAGCGUGUGCACGUUUUGCAAGGUUAUUUGCAAAGAUGUUGGUAUAUACAUUAAGGAUGGAGUCAGGUUUUUGGCUCUCAGUGACACUCCAUUCAGGGUUAUGUUCAAGAAGACUUUCUAAUCCUAUGUAACUUUCUGGUGAUCAUAGGAUAGUCAUUUUCCUCGAAUUUUCUGUUUGUGUAAUGUCGGUUGUUUUUCAGUUGUGAGUUUGAGGUUGUGAACUCACUGCAACUUUUAGCUGUUUGAAUUUCUACUCCAAUAGUUUGUUUCUUUUUCUCUUAAACUUUGAUAUUUAUGUUCCCAAUUUUUCCAUC